UGCUGACUGUGGGACAGUAGAGUUAAACAUUAAUUUACCUUGCAUAAAGGCUUCUCUGACAAAGCACCUUCUUUCUGAAGCUCCUCAAACAGAUAAUUGCUUUGCUUCUUGAACAUGGUUGAUUUUGGCGAGAUCCUGAGGUCCAUUGGAGACUUUGGAUUAUUCCAGAAGCUCAUACUAUUGGGACUAUGCUUCCCGAAUCUUGUCCUGCCUUUCCACCUGGCCAGUUUGAUUUUCAUCCAGUCAGACCCUGAGCGCCACUGUAACACUGACUGGAUACUUAGAGCUGGUUCCAAUCUGAGCAGUGAGGAACAGCUGAAUCUGACCGUGCCCCGGCAGGAGGAUGGAACCUUCAGUAGGUGCCUGAUGUUUACCCCUGUAGACUGGGACAUUGACAUCAUCAGGGAGCAUGGACUCAAUCAGACCACUGACUGCCAGAAUGGAUGGGAGUACAACAAUAUAGUGUAUGAAGCCACCAUAGUCACUGAUUUUGAUCUUGUCUGUGGCAAAGCUAACGUUGUCGGACUUGCACAAACUGUGUUCAUGGCUGGCAUUCUUCUUGGUUCACUCUUGUUUGGACCUUUUGCUGAAUCAUUUGGUCGCCAACGAGCAACUCAGAUACCCAUGGUUAUUAUGCUCAUUUUUACUGUAACGACAGGCUUGUCUCCAAACUUUUAUUUGUAUAUGGCAUCCCAGUUUUUAGUAGGGAUCGCAUAUGGUGGAUUUCGAAUCAACUGCAUUGUAUUAGCAACUGAAUGGGUCGGAGUGACAAAACGUUCUUAUGGGUCUUGUUUGAGUCAGACGUUCGGUGGAGUUGGCCAGUGCAUCCUUGCUGGCAUGAUCUUCUUCAUCCGAGACUGGAGACUUGCUCAGUUUGUCAUGGCUGUACCAAUAGCAGUGGUCACAGUGUACAUAUGGUUUAUUCCUGAAUCAGCCAGGUGGUUAUUGGAUCAGGGGAAAACAGAGGAAGCUAAGAAGUUGAUACUCAGGGUAGCAGCCAUCAACAAACGCACAGUUCCAGAUACAAUUCUAGAGAAGAUAGCUGAGAAGAAAGUUGUUCAGAAGGGAGGCAUACUCAUUCUCAUCAGAUCUCCUGUACUUAGGAAAUACUUCUUAACUAUUACUCUUGCAUGGUUCUCGUUAAACCUCUCCUACUACUCUCUGUCCUUUAACGUUGGAAACUUUGGCCUGGACAUCUUCUUGACACAGCUCAUGUUCGGACUCACAGAGAUACCAGGUCAUAUACUCUGCAUCUUUAUACUGGAAUAUUUGGGGAGGAAGAUAUCCUUAAUGUCUACCCUUCUGACUGGCGGAUUCACAUGCUUCCUAAUCCUGGCUGUUCCACAAGACAACGCCGUUGCUAUUACUGCUCUUGCUGCUGCGGGGAGGUUUUUCAUGAACAAUGCUGGAUCCAUUUGCAACGUCUAUCUUCAGGAGCUGUUUCCCACCUCUGUUAGACAAACGGCCACAGGCUUGGCCUCAAUAGCGAUCAGAAUUGCUGGAAUACUGUCACCAAUGCUC